AUGUUUUUGGACUUUUUAUUGGUGACCAUCGUAGGUAAGUAUUUUUUAAUAGAGGCUAUAAAAGUCUGAUUUUGACCACUAUUAUUAUACAACUCUGCCUUUUUACAUUUACAACAGAAAUCAUGAUGUUAUUUUAGUACCGAUUUUGCCUAACCACUUACUACAGAUUGAGAACUCUAAGAUUAUACCAUAUUUGGACGAUGCAAGGCAAGAACUUAACGUUAGCCGCAAAGAUCGUCAGCUAAACCACGAAGAGUUUGCUGCCAAUAACAUACCAUUAGCAAUGUUAAUGAGCUCAAAGGCGAUUGCUCAGAUACCAACUAGUUUGAUUGUAUCGCAAAUUACUUAUAGGUAAUGUUUUGAGUACUAUGAAGAUAAAAAGACAACUGACAUAAAAAAUUUAUAUUUAACGUUGGUUUUCGCUAAUUUUUAUUCGUAUUUUUUUAAAUUUUCUAGAAUUUUUUAUAUCUUUUUUUUUCAGAAUUGGUUACGACAUUCCGUUAUUUGGUGGAUUUGCUAUCUUCACAUUAUCUUCACUGAUAUUUGCUUACAGUACUACAUAUAACAUGUUAUUGUUUGGUCGUGCAUUCAGCGGUGUUGGAUCCGGAUUUGCGGCAACGUCUGGAAUGGGAAUGGUAGCUAACACAUUUACUGAUCAAAAAGCGCGAAGCAGAGCGAUAGCAAUUGUAUUUAGUGGCAUUGCUAUAGGCAUUCUGCUUGGACCUGUAUUUGGUGGUUUACUUUAUCGUAUCGGCGGAAUAAGGCUGCCUUUCCUUAUUUUGGCUGGACUAUCUUUUUUUGUUGGACUGGUUCAACUGUUUGUUUUAAAACCAAAAGUUUGUAAAAUACGUCCCGAGCACACUGAUUAUUGGAAAUUGCUUUGUGAUCCGUACUUAAUGCUAACAACAGUGGCAAUCUUUAUCAACAACUGGUCGUUUUCUGCUAUUGAGCCUACCAUGCCUUUGUGGAUGAUAGAAAUGUGGAACUCAAACUCGGUUGAGCAAGGAUUGGCCUUUCUACCAAGUUCAUUGGCAUAUUUGGUGUGGACAUUUGUCAACAAAUACGUUGUAAAAAAACUAGGACAAUGGGCAUCGUGUAUGGCAGGGUUCUUAAUAUUAGGUGCUGGUUUAAUUGUUGUAAGUUUCUUUAUAAGGUAAAUAUUAUACACAAUAUAUUUUAUUUAUUCUUAUGUACAGGGUGUCCCAAGAUUUUUGCGGAAAAGUAAAAGCUUGUUUCUCGAAAAGUACCAGUCCAAAUUGGACGAUUCUUUUUUUAGUACACUUGAAAUUGCGGGCGGAUUUGGUAUUGGUACUUCGUUUUUUGAUAUUCGGCGGAUGGUCGGCGGAGGCCGGCGGAGGCUACUUUUUUGCUUUGACCAAUCCAAAACCUUCAUUUUUUGGUUCCUAUGUCACCUGCUGAUUCGUCAAAACGCUUUCCAAUCAAAACAUGUCUUUCCCUGCAUCGGCGGACGACCGGCGGAGAAAAACGGCGAAGGCCAUAACUCCGCUCAAACUCAAUAUUUUUUCACCGGACAAAAAAUGGAAAUGUUAGUUUAAGCUUUUUAAUACAUUUAAUCAAGUUUACAGUUCAAAAAAAUUUCAUCGGCGGACGAUCGGCGGAGAAAAUCGGCGAAGGCCGUAUCUUGGUCAAUUUUUAAUAGUUUUUCUUCGGGAAACAAGUAAAAAUGUUCUUUUAAAGCUUUUUAAUCAUUUCAAUUACGUUUAAAACUCAAAAAAUUUCUUAAAAAUAUUAUUUUUUUUAUUUUUUUAUUUAACUUUUUAAAACUAUUCCGAUAUUUUUUAUAAAAAGUUUAUUAACAAUAACCUAUAUAACAACAACGCUAACUAAUGAGAUUGUUCAUCGUUGGUUGCUGGGUAACUCCUUUCCACACUUUGACCACCAACAUCAAGACACCGUCGCAAUCGCUUCGGAUAGUUGCGCAAAGCUGCGCGACACAUUUCCACUGAAAUCUCCGCAACCACAUCGCGAAUUUUUUGCUUUAGUUCGCGUAACGACGCGACUUGAACACUGUAUACUUUUGCCUUCACGUAACCCCAAAGGAAAAAAUCCAUUGGGGUUAGAUCGGGCGAGUUUGCCGGCCAAACGAACGGAGGAGGAGCGCCGCGACUAUCCCGACCCAUCCAGCGACCCGGCAGAUGGGUGUUCAAAAACUCGCGCACAACUAAGCUAUGAUGAGGCGGAGCCCCCUCAUGCAUGUACACCAAAGUAGCUAAAAAGAUAUAAAUUAGUAUUUUGCUUGUUUUUCGUACCUGAAUUUGGCCACUGUAGAAGCUGUGGCAACACAUCUUGCUCUAACAGCUCCAAAUAACGUGCCCCGUUAAUGUUUUCAUCAAUGAAAAAAGGCCCCACAACCCCGUUCUACCCGAUGGCUGCCCACACAUUCGUUUUGGGAGAAUGCAGCGGCUCUGAUACACACCAGUGAGGAUUCUCUUUAGCCCACCACCUUGAAUUUUGACGAUUUAAGCGGCCAUGGAUAUGAAACGUGGAUUCAUCGCUAAAAACUAGCUCUUCCAAAAACGCCUCGUUGUUUUGCAGCUGCUCAAGCAUAACAUUUGAAUGCGAUAAACGUUGUACUAUGUGCCUUGGCAAGAUUUCUUGCACUUUUUGAAGUUUGUAUGGGUGGUACCCAUCUUCGCGCAAUUUCCGACUACAUGUACUCUUCGAAGGUAUACCCUCAAAACGGCUCAAUUCUCUUACAGAUAUUCGCGGAUUGUCGGCAAUAGCAUCCCCAAUUCUAGCAACAACUUCAGGAGUGGCAACAAAGCUAAAGAAAUGUUAUUUUGUUAGUUGUGCUUACUUUGUUUUCACUUUUUCUUUUCUGAGGCAGUGGCGACGACUACGAAACUCGAUAACCCAGCGUUUAAUAGAAUCUGCUGAUGGACAGGGUGUACGAGGGCUACGGGGGUGAUACACGGCCAUGUACUUUCUACGAACGCUUUCAGGACUUUCCCCUAACUUAAAAUACCAUUCAACACAUUCUCUCUUAACAUCAGCACCCCAAACCAUUUUUUCUUGAUCAAAGAGUUUUAAAAAAAUAAAAAUAAUACCAAGUCAGAAUAGUUUCAACUAUGUUUUUAUGGUUUUAUUUGAAAAAUACAUGAUCUCUGUCGAUCGAAAGUAAUCUUAACUAUUUUUUAAAAACUUCACUAAUUUCUGAAUUCGUAACAGUUAGGUAGAGAAGGACCUUAGGGUACCAGCAACUUUUUUCCGAAGAAAAACUAUUAAAAAUUGACCAAGAUACGGCCUUUGCCGAUUUUCUCCGCCGAUCGUCCGCCGGUGAAAUUUUUUGAGUUUUAAACGUAAUUGAAAUGAUUAAAAAGCUUAAAAGAACAUUUUUACUUGUUUCCCGAAGAAAAACUAUUAAAAAUUGACCAAGAUACGGCCUUCGCCGAUUUUCUCCGCCGAUCGUCCGCCAAUGAAAUUUUUUGAACUGUAAACUUGAUUAAAUGUAUUAAAAAGCUUAAAAUAACAUUUCCAUUUUUUGUCCGAUGAAAAAAUAUUGAGUUUGAGCGGAGUUAUGGCCUUCGCCGUUUUUCUCCGCCGGUCGUCCGCCGAUGCAGGGAAAGACAUGUUUUGAUUGGAAAGCGUUUUGACGAAUCAGCAGGUGACAUAGGAACCAAAAAAUGAAGGUUUUGGAUUGGUCAAAGCAAAAAAGUAGCCUCCGCCGACCAUCCGCCGAAUAUCAAAAAACGAAGUACCAAUACCAAAUCCGCCCGCAAUUUCAAGUGUACUAAAAAAAAGAAUCGUCCAAUUUGGACUGGUACUUUUCGAGAAACAAGCUUUUACUUUUCCGCAAAAAUCUUGGGACACCCUGUAUAAACUUUAAUAAAAAUAAUUUUUACAGAUGCCUUAUUCCGGUAGCUUCUACUACCUCCUAAUUCCUUCCGCUUUUCUUGGAGUCGGAUUUGGGCUUGUUGGUCUUAACACUUUCCCUUUAAUGGGCCAUAUUGCUGACCUUCGUCAUACGAAAAUAUACGGUUCAGUUUAUGCAAUUGCAGACGUUUCCUGCUCACUAGCAUUUAUUUCGGGGCCUAUGGUGGGUGGUCCUACAUCGCGCUAUUUUGGAUUUCAUAAGUAAGUGCUGUAUGUAAUUAUAUCUUAAAAUAUGAAAUUACAGUAUGAUGGUUGCCCUUGGAAUUGUAAAUAUUAUGUUCGCGCCACUAAUGAUUUUUCUGCGAAAAUUGGAAGAAUCAAAGAGUCAAUUAACAUUGACAAGUAGUAGUUCAACUUGCAAUACCUUGAAAAUAGAAUCAAUUCAAGAUUCGAAUUUAAAAUUAUAA